AUGUCUGAUCCAUACGCAGCAUUAAGACGGUAUCGGGAGCAAUUCGAGGACGCUGAAGCACUUUUCGACAGCGGCGAUGUAGCUGGCUGCAUAUCGGCAGCUAAACGCAACAUAACUGACACAGCUCUUCCGCCGUUCUACAUCAUCAGAAACUGCAUACUUCUCACCGCCGCUAUGGAUAACUGGGACGAUGGCAAUGACUGGAGGCUCGCCGCGGUAAAACCCUCGAUGUACAGACUGAAUGUGGAAUAUGCGCUGACUUCAACCGUGGCAAUUCAGGAGAGUACCUUCCGUAACGUAUUACGAAAAGCAACGGAAAAGAAUGAUACCGAUUCGCUCGCUGCCCUACAAGAUCUCCGUGAGGAGCUUGACUGGUUGGCUGAGCAGCGAGACCAAUAUCUCCAGGAAUACAGGGCAUGGAUGCUUGAACAAGACGGAGAGGAAGAUGACGACGAGACGGACUCGGAAGCAGAUGAAGUUGAGCUAGACGACAGCGAGGAGGAGACGGAUAUGGAAGCCGAGGGCGUUAAGUUAGGCGUUCUUCCGAUCCGCGGACACCAAGCUUCCACGGCGCUUGUUAUGGGCACUGUGCCAGUAGGAGAAGAUAAGGAAGAUAACAAGGGCCGAGAAGAAGCCACUGCUGGCGACGAGGAAGAUGAAGAAGGGGGUGCGGGAAAGAUGCCAGGAGGCGGAGAGCAAGCAAGCACUGGCGAUGGUGGCCAACUGCCCAGAACGGCGGGAGUUGAUCGAGAGGACGAGCGUUCUGCCGGUAUUGCAGCGGUCAGAUUCCUUUUCGAUUGCCAGUCGUACAUGCCAGAGCACAUGCGAGCCCAGUUCAACCAGGCGAUCCUAACAUUUCAGGAGCUUGAAGUUGCCAUGCGCAGCAUCAUCAGCACAUCUCCCACAGCUUCUGCAGCUACUACAAGUUCCACGACUGCAUCGCGCAUCAAGCUUUUCGAAGAGUUCAAAGUUAGCAUGGUCGAAUGGUUCCAGCACAAGGAAAGAUCAUCUGUUACGGCUAAAGAAUUGGACAAUACUACGCUGGCCGAAUGGCAAGGAUUGAAUCCGAGAAUUCAAGCUACCUUUGCCCGACAGGACAUCCUCUCCUUCUGCCGAGAGCUCGACGGCAAAGAUGGUUUCAGAUACCACAAGAACGGUGUGCUCACUUACAAGCCCUGA